AUGCUCGAGGGCAACGCAAUCUACGCCAACGCGCAGGCGGGCGUGGCGGUCGAGUCGGGCGCCGCGCCGACGCUGCGGCGCAACGCGAUCUACGACGGGCUGCAGUCGGGCGUGCUCUACUUUGACGGCGGCAUGGGGACGAUGGAGGGGAACGAGGUGUACAACAACAUGGACGCGGGCGUGCAGAUCGUCGAGUCGUCGGACCCGACGCUGCUGCGCAACACGCUGCGCGAGCAGCGGCGGGAGGAGGUCAAGGAGGGGCACUCCAAGCCGAGCGCGGUCGAGGUUGCGUGUGUCUGGGUGCACUCGUCGGGCAGAGGCGCGCUCACCGCCGCCGGCAGGAGAGCGCCACUGGCCCGCAGCACGCUCACGGACAACGACAUCCGCGACUCCUUCCACCACGGGGUGGUUGUGGGGCAGGACGCGGCGCCGCUGCUGCAGGCCAACCGCGUGCACAACAACCGCCGCACCGGCGUCUUCGUGCAGGACGGCGGGGCGCCGACCCUCCUCGAGAACGACAUCUUCCGGAACACCGUCGGCGUCGAGGCGGUCGACGACGCUGCGCCGGUCGUGCGCGGCAACACGCUGCACCGCCACAAGCUCGGCGGCGUGUGGGUGCACAAGGGCGGCGGAGGGACGUACGAGGGCAACGAGAUGCGCGAGAACGGGAAGGCGGCGGUGCGAGUCUGGGACCACGGCAACCCUGUCCUCAAGGGGAACUCGAUCUGGGGCGGCCGCACCGUCGGCCUGCUGGUGUACGAGUUUGGCAAGGGGCACUACGUCGACAACGAGAUCCACUCGCACCGCUCGUGGAACAUCGAGGUCAAGCGCAACGCCUUCCCGCUCAUCGAGCGCAACAAGAUCCACUCGUCGGCGUACGGCGGCGUCUACUGCCACGGCGGCGGAGGCGCGCGCCUCGGGAGGAGAGCUCACUAA